ACAACACAGUUUCUGCAAAUCUCGCCUGUUUAUGUUUUGACAUCUUUUGGUGGAGAGCCACGAAGCAGCACACAAGUUCGAACCCGAGGAGACCGUCAGCGUCCGCCGGCUCGGAUAAAAACCAACAGGAGAGAAGAUGGCAUCCGACUCCCCGCGCAGACCGAGUCGCUGUGCUGGAGGGGUUUUGGUGCGAGCACAAGCUGCCACGGAGCAGUCUUACAUGGAAAGCGUGGUGACCUUCCUGCAGGAUGUCGUCCCCCAGGCAUAUACUGGUUCUCCACUCACUGAUGAAAAAGAGAAGAUAAUAUGGGUUCGCUUUGAGAAAGCCGACUUCAACGACACUGCUCGCAACCCAGAGUUCAUGGAGAUGCACAGUGGAACUACUGACCCUCCCCUCUGCCUCAUGAUUGGCUACACGGAUGGGAUGCAGAUCUGGGGCGUAUCUUUGGCAGGGGAAGCCCAGGAGCUGUUCUCGGUGCGUCAUGGUCCCGUGCGAGCUGCUCGCAUUCUGCCGGCACCUCAUAUCAGUCCUCUGAAGAUGGACAGUUUUGCUGAGAAGAGGCCGUUGCUGGGGGUUUGCAAGAGCACAGGGUCCUCUGGGACAAGCCCCCCCUACUGUUGUGUCGACCUGUAUUCUCUACGGACAGGGGAGAUGGUCAAAUCCAUUCAGUUCAAGACACCUAUCUAUGAUCUUCACUGCAACAAACAUAUUCUUGUGGUGAGCCUGCAAGAGAAGAUUGCUGCAUUUGACAGCUGCACCUUCACCAAGAAGUUCUUUGUCACAAGCUGCUUUCCUUGCCCUGGCCCCAGCCUCAAUCCAAUAUCUCUUGGAAGCCGUUGGCUAGCCUAUGCCGAGAACAAGCUGAUAAGAUGUCACCAGUCUCGUGGAGGAGCUUGUGGUGACAAUGCACAGUCCUACACAGCGACAGUGAUUAAUGCUGCCAAAACUCUAAAGACAGGCCUGACAAUGGUGGGCAAAGUGGUCACCCAGUUGGCAGGCACCAUACCAGCAGGCACUCCAGAUGAGGAGGGCACACCACAUAACACCAGCCGCCGUAGUCCCCACAACCCUGGUGUGGUCACCAUCAUCGACACAGACAGUGUCGGCGAAGGACAGGUUGUGGUGAGUGAGGACUCGGACGGAGAGGGAGUGGUGGCUCACUUCCCAGCUCAUGACAAACCCAUAUCCUGCAUGCAAUUCAACCCCAGUGGAUUGCUGCUGGUGACCACCGACACCCUAGGCCAUGAUUUCCACGUCUUCCAGAUCCUCACCCACCCAUGGGCGUCCUCACAGAGUGCCGUUCACCAUCUCUAUACCUUGCAUCGUGGGGAAACUGAGGCCAAGGUCCAGGACAUCUGUUUCAGCCCGGAUAGUCGCUGGGUAGCAAUCAGCACCCUUCGCGGCACGACCCACGUCUUUCCCAUCAACCCCUACGGUGGUGCACCCUGUGCACGGACACACAUGUCCCCGCGGGUUGUCAACCGGAUGUCUCGCUUUCAAAAGAGCGCCGGCCUGGAGGAGAUUGAGCAGGAGCUGAACAGGGCGGCUGCGCUAGGAGGAGGCAUAGGAGGAGGUGGUUGUAUUCUGGGCGGAGGAGGCAUCGGGGGCCGCUGUAGUCCCAUACCAGGCCUGUCCAGCAGCCCCUCUGGGUCUCCGCUGCACGCCAAGCUGAACAACCAGGAUUCGUACAACAACUUCACCAACAACAACAUGGGGAACCCGCGGCUGUCCCCGCUGCCCAGCCUCACUGUGGUGCUGCCUCUGGCUCAGAUCAAACAGCCCAUGACCCUGGGAACCAUCACCAAACGCACCGGACCCUACCUCUUUGGGGCAGGAUGUUUUGCCAUUAAAACUCCAUGCAAAACUAAGCCGCCUCCCCAGAUUUCUCCAAGUAAAUCCAGUGGAGGAGAGUUCUGUGUGGCCGCCAUCUUUGCCUCGUCUCGCUCCUGGCUCAUCACCAACCCCAACAUGAAACGAGAGAAAGAUCAGUCUAGGCAGUCGGUUGUCGACUCACUGUAUAUCCUCAGUUGCUACGGUAACUUGGUGGAGCAUGUCCUGGAGCCUCGGCCGAUUAGCACUGCUCAGAAGAUCAGCGAUGACACACCUUUGGAGCUCAACACCUGUCCAAGGGCCUGCUGGACUCUGGCGAGGACUCCACAGUGGAAUGAGCUGCAGCCACCCUUCAACUCCAACCACCCCCUGGUGUUGGCCUCAGACCUGGUGCAGUAUCAUCAGUACCUUCUGGCUGCGAUUCCUCUGGGGAGCCCAGGCCCAAUCACACGUCACGAGUCAUCAGACAGUCUGGCAUCGGACCACAGUGGCCAGGAGGAUGAGGAGUGGCUCUCUCAGGUAGAGAUAGUGACCCAUACUGGGCCCCACCGGCGCCUGUGGAUGGGCCCCCAGUUUCAGUUUAAGACCAUUCACCCUUCAGGCCAGACCACAGUCAUCUCCUCCUCAUCCUCAGUGCUUCAGUCCCAGGGCCCCACAGAUGUCCCACAACCUCUUUUGGACUUUGACACCGACGACCUAGACCUACACAGCCUCAGGAUCCAGCCGGUACGUUCUGAGCCAGUUAGCAUGCCCUGCUCAUCAAGGUUGGUGGCUGAUCGUCGUGGACAGUCUAACAUCAUGGAUGCAGGAUCAGGUUAUUCCUAAAAAACAGAAGCUCCUCGCCCCGCAAAUUAUCAUUUCAAUUUACCUUUAUUUAUUUAUUUAUUUUUUUACUUUUUUCUUCGCAAGCACACCUAUCAUUUUCAUUGCCCCUUCAUUCAUCCAUCCAUCCAUCCCUCCCUCUCUCCCUCACGACCCAGUCAUUGUUUUAUCAUUGGUGUGAGAGAGAGAAGAGGACAGGCGAGAGGAGGAAGAGAAGGAGGAAGACAGGAAGAUGGCCAGCUUCUACUUGUCUGUCUUUCUGUUUGUCUGUCUGUUCAUUUCUGUCAAUGGAUGGCUUUGGAAAUAUAAGUCAUGCUUAGCCCAAGUCAGUAUCUGUUAGCUUGAAAAAAGUAAAUAAAAGUAAUACAAUUUCUGAUCAACAAUUAAUUUCAAUGUAGACAAUGAAUAGCUAAUCUACUAGAAUUUGCGUUUAUAUAUUAAACUGCAACAGCAAAAAGGAAAUGAUCAGUAGUUGAUCAUGUUCAAAGGAACUGUAUUUUAUGAAUGAACGAAGCGCCACAGUUAUUAACAGCAGUCGAGUCGCAAGGGGGCGGUUGGAGUCCGUCAGUGGUUUGGACAACAAAAGCUCUAUGGUUCAGGUUAGGAGAAGAUGAUGGGUUUGGAUAAAUAACUAAUAAACAAGACCACAAUCUUUCCCUAAUCUUUCCUAAUGCUGCUGUCACUAUAAGUAGAUGAUAUCGUUUAAACGUGGAUAUAUGUCUUAUUCAAUAUCAAUAAAUGUGUGACUUGCCAAAUAUAUAAACCCCUUAUCCUUGUUAUAUAAGUAGAAACAUAUCGGAUUUCAAUUUCCUUUCCCACAAAAUGUAUUUGCCGUUGCAAUUUAUAGUUGGAAUAGAAUGACUCAGUAGAGCGAAUAUCUCCAUCAAGACCCAACAGCUGCAUCAAGUUCCACACAUUCAUAGAUGUCUGUUCCCUAAAUGUGCUUGUUUUUUUUUUUUGUUUCAUCAACAGCCAUGAAUUACCAGGGGAAAACAAUGGAAAUGCUGUAAACUCACAAUGUUAAAGGCAGUGAAAAAUAAUUCCUGGAUCCACACUUAAAUUCAAUGGGUUUCCCAUACAGCAUCCGUCUAAUUUCAUGGAAAUCCAUUCAGUUGGUUUUGUGUAAUCUGUCUUUCAAACAAAUAUACCAACCAAGAAUCAAAUGGACUGGGACCCCAAAGUGGAGGCAAUAAUGAUCAAUAAUAAUCAGAUAGAAGGUGAAGUGGCAACACAAAACAAAUACAAGAGGUUUGCAUAAAUCAGUUACUGUCGUUUAACAAAGCCAUAACAAUAUUUUCUUCAACCUCAACUGUCCACAAGAGGCUGGCACCACUCAUAUCAUUAACUGUUAAUGGAGGGUUGGUAUCAUUAAAUGCUUCAGAGCUGGUAAAACCAGAAACCUGUCAUCCAUCCUUAGCGAUCGCUCUCUCGCUGCAACAUCGUCAUCUUGUUAAUUUACGGUCUUCGAUGCUUUGGGAGCCAUAAGCUGGACAAGCUGCUGUCCCAAGUGAAUCCGUACAGGGCCUAGUGGUGAGGUGUGUAUGUAGUUGCCCAACCAAGUCUUUCACUGCUCAUUGUGUGCGUCAGUAUAGUCGAUGUCUAUUCACUCAAGCUGAUUGUUGCGUCCUCAGUUGGGUCGCCAACCUCUGAGCUGGUUUCAGUUCAUUUCAGGUAACAUAUAAACGUAUACAGAAGAGGAGGCCUUGGCUGAAGUGGUAGAGCUGGUUUUCCACUGGACCUCUGGUGGUUUGAUCCCAACGGCUGCUGGAACCCAGCCACUGUGGCGGCAUGAUCUAGUGGGUUCUUAGUGCGGGUCUGAAGCCCGGAUGGGGUUGCAUCAAGAAGGGCAUCCUGUGUUAAAAAUAUAACAUAUGCCAAAUCAUAUGUGCAGACUGACCACUGCUGUGGUGACCUCAAAUGUGACCUCAAAUGUGAGCGGCCAAAAGAAGAGGAAGACGAUCUAAACGUAGACAGAAACUCGGCUGAAGUACUCCCGGGAUGAAGAUUAUUCACGUUCUUGACAAAAGAAAGUUUCCCACUGCUUCACGGCACAUUGGCAGCGUAUGUGUCCCCCUAUCCCCUCUUUCGGCGUCUGCCUCUCACGUCUGACAUUAGAUAAGUUGCGCCUUCAUGACCUUCAACCACCUUGAAUAGGACAUUGACAAUCACGUGACCAUGACAACCAACAUACCUUUAUUUAAAAUAAAACCAGUCCAUUCUAUUAUGCGCUCGCUAUCUUAAAUAUGUGUCAAGGAGAGCAAAAGACCUGAUGCGUAUUCAUGGUUGUAAAUCUUUUUCGUGUUGUUUGAAAACUGAAAGAGGAAUUUAGCCAUUUUCAUCAUUUAUUUUAUUCUGACAUGUGUCGACACUCGUGUUUUAUUUUUUGGCAUAUAUCUGAAUUGUCACAAAAUUUAAAAAAAAGACAUGUCAGUCCCUGAAGUUCAUUAAAUAGAAUAUUAUAUUGACGGCAUUAAUGGGGUGAUGUGAGUUCAAUCUGUUUAUCAUGGUACUCACAAUUAUCAUAAGCUUAAGAAAUAGUAGGGCACAAAAAUAGAAGUCCGGGGGGGGGUGUGAGCAAAUAAACCUUUUGACUUGGUCUGGGUUUCAUGUACUAAACGUCAGCCACCUGAUUCACUGUCUGCAGGUGUUAAUAUAGCUGCUACUAAUUAUAUUUAUAGGUGAUUGUUAAUGUCAUAUAUUUAAACGUAUUCAUAAUAUACUGGUGAAAUGUCCACAGUGACACACUUAAAGAAAAAAAUAUUAGUGCAGUAAUAUUUAAGAUGUUAUUCCCAGAGUCAAAAUUGCUGCCUUACAAAAUGCAGUAACACAGCCCUCCCGGCCCUCUGUUGGCACUGAGUGGCUCAGCUGUCCCUUGUACCGCAGUGCACUUUUUCUGCGGAGCAACUCCCAUAUUUGACACACACUAGGCAGCAUUUGCCCUGUAGGCAGAGAAAUCCAGCACUUAUUAUACUUCCAGCUCAGGAUGAGAUGGACACGAGCGUCACACUGUGAAGGGAGGAGGUGCACAAAGGGAGUGUGUCGUGUGUAUGAGGCUCCUCCAGUGUCUCCUUCUUGUUCUCUACAAAUAGUCCACGCAACCAGUAGCAUUUUAAAGAAAUACAUUUUAGAGUGAGAGCUCCCCUAUGAAGUAAAUAUAUUUGUGUCUCCUCUGGUGCUCCAUUGUGACACUUUACAUACUUUACACUAUGUUCAGAGUUACAAAUCUCCAUGUGCUAGUAUUACCAUGGAGUUGACAAAAAGGAGCAGAACCAUGCCCUCAAUGGAUUACUGUAACUAUCUCUACCCUCCACUCAGUAAGUGACAAAUACUGACAACAUGGAUUAAAUGGCGCCACAGCCUCGGAGAUUUCAAAAGCAUUAAAUGAAGACCACAUUGACUUAUGUAUCAGUAUCAGUGCGAAGGUCAGCCAAUGAAAAACAAGAACUGGCCACAUAUAAAUGUCUGAGGUAAAUUAGAAAUGCCUUUAAUCUUCACGUAAACAAGACUCGUAGCUUCAUUUAAUGUUCAUUAUGGCUGAAGAGACAUGUCGUUUUUUUAGUCUGAUGUUUUAUGCAUGGAGUUUUAUUUUAUUCCCGUCUCAACUUUGAAGCUGCACUUAUCAAUAUUUCAUACUGUCAGUGCAUCAAAUGACUAUGUGUGAUGUCAGGGGUGUCAGUAAUGACAAACCCACCAACGCUCUGCAGAGGAUUCAAUAUCUUUCAGCUCACUGUGUUGGUUUCAGUCCUGCAACUUUACUGCUGCUCUCAGAGAUGAUCUGAUAACAUGACGAUGAAGAAGUGCAAAAUACCUUUUGAUCAAAGGGCAGAGAAGAGAGAGACAUAAUACUUAUAUUUUUUAUAUUUUUUAAGAUCACAUUAACUAAAAUGUGAAUGCAUGAUAUGUUUCAAUGAAGUGCUUUUGUUUGGGUUCUAAUAUUCACACCGUGUGCGUUACUUACUUCUCAGAUGAUUGUCAUUGCAAACGUUACCCAGUCUCAAGCCUCAGCCUCUUUUUCUCUAUUCGAGUACGAUUAAAUUAAAUUUAACACAAGUGGCAUAAUUUCACUUCUUUUUGAAAAGGCACAUUACAGGACACGUCCUAAAUAACAGAGAAGCUUACAAAUGAGGGCUGGAAAAAAGAAUAUAUCUACUUUUUCACAAUCGUUUCGCUCUUAUGUAAGUGUCAGCUUGGAUCCUACUCUCACUCAGCAGGGGAGGGGAAACUUUUUUUCCACCAAGGCCCAUCUUGUUUUUUUUCAAAUCCUCCUCCUGUUUUGUAUUCAUACUCUGUCUCAUGCUGGUUCCCCAUCCCUGCAUGUUUAAGGAGAUUUAGCAGUCUUUGUUGUCACAGUACGGGAGAGCUGACCAUUUAUCUCCUGUUGUUGUAGAUACUCUGUGUGUAAAAUAAAAAGGCCGUGUGUUGGACCCCUCAGUGUUGUGCUUUGAGCUCGUGUUUGAUGGUUAUACAUUUAUCCUCUCUCUAAUAACCAGUUGAAGUCCUUAAAGCUGUAUUUUGUGUUUCCGUACGAAACCUCACGUGUAAAUAUUCUGUUUGCCAUUUGUAAUGUCUUCAGUGGAAGUUCCCAUCAUACAUUAAACAGUAUAUGUUUUACCUUAA